UCUGAGGGGUGUGGUUACUUGUUGGAGGAGAUUAAGGGUUUCUAAGGAUGAUUCUUUGUAACUGACAUAUUGUAAAUGUCAUUGAGCCUUCUCAUUAUGUCGACUAUUAUUAUUCCAUAUCGUCAAUUUUCUGCCUGAGCAUUUUCAUCCUGGGCCUGACUUUUCUGGAAUUCCUUGAAUGCUUAUUAUUAUUGUUGCAUCCCUGGGAAUUUCUACACUUGCCAUCUUCUUCUGGAAAACUAGCCUCAGUUCCUGUGCUCAAGCCUUGCAGAGGGAGAUGGCAGAGAGGAAGGCUGCCUGCAAGCAGCACAGAUGGGAAAUGAUGGAAAAGCAGGGAGUGCCGGAGAGACACCUGAGUCAGGAGGCAGCGCAGGGACAGCCAGGGCUAGAGAACCCUUUCUGGAGAGCAGAUUCAGGACCUCAUUCGGUUCCCAUAAGGAACAGCCGCUCUGUCCCACCUGAAAACACAGAGAAGACAAAGAAUAUCUUUGCUAACGGGAGCUCAGGAGGCAGAACAGACAGACACACCUCAGAUUCAUUCUCUGAUAUGACCCAUGCUACACCAAGCACCUACUCUGUGCCAAGCCCUGCAUUGAAGGCAAGUAUGAGACGGCAGACAAGGCCAGAUGACCCUGGAAGCCCCAAGUCCUAUGGGGGCAACAGCGCACCCUACACCCAUGACAGAACAACAGGUGCAAAGACCCUGAGCAGGAAUGAGCUUGGCCUGCCAGGGGAAGCCAAAGAGCCAGGGAGUCCGGAAUGUGGGGAGGGGGGAGCAGAGUCCAGGAUGAGGGUAGGGGGCAGGCACUGCGCAGACAUGCAGGGCAGUGCAGCCCAGCACGCACUCUGA